AUGCCUGGAGCUGAAGACGACCUGAGACUACAAACCGCAGCUGCUAAAGACCACUGUCUUGCAACGCCGCGAUUUACCAAGAACUCUGCAUUUUCAGGCCCGAGCAGCGUCGCUAGUGCCAAGAGCUAUCAAUCGAGUGAGCUGGGCGUGGACGCGGACCUCUUUGGCGUCGAGUGUACGGACAGUGAAAUCCUUGAGGGGCUAAACGACGGGGAGAUGACGAUCAUGAAUGACGACGAUGCGGAUCUGAGCGAGGAGGAAGAGGAAGUUAUGGAGAACUCGAUUGACUUUUCGGUCAAUAGGGCCACCGUGACACGCGCGGGGGUUAUUCCGUGCUGUGUGUUUGUGGGCAGAGUGCGCUGGGGCACUACGGACUGGGAGAUUUACUUUGGACAGAAACAGCUACUGCGACUGCAUCUGCACUUACACUUGCACUGUCUCCUUCACCACCGUAGACUUAUGCAAGGUGUGCAUCUGCCAUGGACGAUUUGGCGUGAGAAGCGAGCCGAAAAACGAGUCGAGGACGUGUAUGUGGUGCAGGACUAUAUCAGGGAGCUACUGAAAGACAGGAACUUGCGAAACUCUGAACCGUUGUUGUCGUUCUUGGAGGUGAGCCCGUCGCGAGCGAUGUUGCGGCUUGGGCCGUCGCUUAAGGAAGGGUAUGUGCACAUGCGCAUCAACGGACCGUUUCAGCUACCGCUGUAUACUUGCUUCAAUCGCACAAUUGAGGCAUUGUACCGGCAUUUGUACCGUGCUUGGAUGCGUAUAGCUUUUGUGUCAGCUAUCGUGGGCUUCAUUUUUCCAGUCUGCCUUGUGAUUGUGACGAGUCUCCCCACGUUCUUUUCUCCUCAAAAGGAGCUGGUGAAAUCGGAUUCGGGCGCGAAAGAGGUGUCGACAAAGUUGAACACGGCUGGCGUUUUCUUGGGCCUUGCUGUUCUAGCAGGCAUCAUCUUUUUUGCCGGGUUCGUUUACAAGUUUUUUCAGCAUCGCCUUGGUGUCAUCCGGCGAUGGGUUGUCCUGAAACCGUCGUGCUUUGCCGCAUACCGCAAUCGGAACGACCGAGAGCCAAGCGAGGUGUUCCUGUUCGACAAGACAUUUACGGCAAGGAAAGGAAGUUACAGGCAAGGAGUGAGCUGGAUGCCGAGUGGUCUAGUCGUUGGCAGCAAAGCUGGUGAUAUCGAAAUCGAUACGGGACAUUACUACACUCGACUAACAGCUUUUGUCGCUCUGAUGGGAGUUUGCUAUGGCAUCAUGCGUCUAUCCAAUAGCAUUUAUGACUUUGAGGACCUCACGCUGGAUAAGAGCCUCGGUGUGCCGAUCGCGAAUGCUUCGGGAUACGAAAAUUGGAAUACGAGUAGCGAUAUUGAAUACUGCGGCUAUUACUUUACGGUACCCGAAGGCAGAACGGUCUACAUCGAGAGUAAGGGUAACAACGCUGUUAUUUCGCAGCUCCAGAUGCCGUCCUCCAAUUCGAUGACCGCAAACCUCGGAUAUUUUUGGCAAAGUGAUAGCAUGGGGUACAGUUUGAACGUGAUCACGAACGCGGUUGGGGCAGGCACGAUGGUGAGUGUGGUGAAGCCAAUCGACGCAACGAACGAUCGCUUUUUUGCAUCGGGCCUGAAUUACACGCUGGAAAGUAUUGGGAGCUUGACGCUGGAGGGCGUUGGCACUGACCUUGACGUGCAACAAUUUGGCAACAUCGGCAGUUUGUGUGCGAUACCCGUGCGCAUUUCGCCUCUCACAUGGCGGUCGUACAUCUACUACCUGCUGUUCCUGUUUGCAGGCGGUAUCAUCGCACCAGUGGUUGGCUUUUUGGCUAACUAUUUUGUGACGUACCUUGGUAUAUGGCAUCCGCACGUGCGCAGAGACCAUUGGUAUCGAUGUGUGUGUCGCCUGCAGAAGCUCAAGCGCCAGGAGUCUUCCACGCGGUUUGACUCCUUCGCCCCGCGGCACAUUAGCGCUCUGGGCGACGACGAUAGCGCCAUCGUUAGUGCUAAAGCGAAGGCCGCAAGCUUGCCGUUUCGAAGCAACCCGACUAGUGCAAUCAACCAGGUGGUGGAGUCGGUAUCUAAACUGGACCCGGAAAGUACCGCUUGUAUGGGCACCGGGAAUUUAGCUUCGUCAUCUGGGCGCGUGGACAGCAGCACCCAAUCCGAGGAAAUGCUUGAAGCACCGCCUCCAAGCCCUAGUGCUGUCAGCUGGCAUGUGGACGCAGAAGACACGUACGAAGCGAUGUUUAACGCAAUCUCUGGCGCAAAAUACGAGAUUCUGAUUGCUGGAUGGUGGGUGUGUCCGGACUUGUUCUUGCUCCGUCCGGGUCGGAAGUUACACCCACGUGACCUUGACGAUGAUUCUGACGAGCAGCAAGUGAACAAGACGAUGCUGCGCCAGCUGCUGAUGAAGAAAGCUGAGGCUGGUGUCAAAAUCUACGUGCUUAUUUAUCGCGAAGUGAAGCUGGCGCUUACUCUGAACAGCGCAUAUACAAAGCGCAGUCUGAUGGUGCAUCCUAACAUUCGGGUUUUGCGUGAUCCGAUUUUCCAGAUCCAAAGUCUGGGGUUCUGGUCGCACCAUGAGAAGAUUGUGUGUAUUGAUCAGUCUUUGGCAUUUGCGGGUGGACUGGAUCUGUGUUUCGGCCGAUACGACCACAGUGGACACCCUAUCAGCGACCCUAGCAACGAUCCUGUCUGGCGAGGCAAGGACUACUCGAAUCCGAUCAUCAAGGACUUUGUUCGGGUAAACAAACCGUUCGAAGACCUUAUCGACCGGCAUUCUCAACCCCGAAUGCCUUGGCAUGACGUUCAUUGCAGUAUUUCUGGUCCGCCCGUUCAGGAUGUAGCUUUCCACUUCAUCCAGCGUUGGAACUUUGUGUGUUCGAAAAACGACUACCAGCUUCGAACUGGUUGGUGCAUAUGCUUUCGUUCGCGGCGGUUCAAGUUCUUGCCGAAAUGCCUCGUGCCAAUGGACUUCAACGGAUGGACACUGCAGUACCCAUCGUCGGAACCGGAAGCGCUGCGGGAUGGGUCUUCACGAUCAACCAUUCCUGUCGUUCGUGAGGACUCGUUGACUAUGGAACCGUUCCAAGUGGUACAAUCGACGAACCCCAUGUACCCGUGCACUGCCUCGGGUCCGCAGUGGCCACCGACCACUUCAUUGCAUCCGCUGAACCCGAUGCGGCCACCCUUCACGAAUGUGUCGACGACCCCGGGCCAACUGGACGAUGGGGAGGUGAUGCGCGCUCAGCGUGGCGAGUCAAUACUCCAAGUGUUUCAUCCAAACGCUAGUAUUUGCAACGUCCAGGUGUGCCGCUCAGUGUCUAUGUGGUCGGCUGGCGUGCCCACGGAGGCGAGCAUCCAGGCUGCCUACAUGGAUAUGAUCGCAAAGUCGAAGCACUUUUUGUACAUUGAGAACCAGUUCUUUAUUUCGGGAAUGGACGGCAACGGGAUCGUACGCAACCGGAUCCUGCAAGCGUUGGUCGAUCGUAUCGAGCGUGCCGUGCUGCGUGACGAGAAAUUUCGGGUCUAUGUGGUUAUGCCACUGCUUCCGGCUUUCGAGGGUAACGUGCGCAGCCACGAGCUCACGAACCUUCACGCGGUUAUGCAUUGGCAGUUUGCGACCAUCUGUCGAGGUCGCUACAGCCUUUUCGAGGCGCUAACUAGCGUGACAAACCACCCCGAGAACUACGUGGUUUUCUUCGGAUUGCGACAAUAUGGCAUCAUGCCAAAUGGAUGCGUGUCAACCGAGCAGAUCUACAUUCACAGCAAGCUCAUGAUCGCCGAUGACCGGUGCGCUAUCAUCGGUAGUGCUAACAUCAAUGACCGCAGUAUGAACGGCGAUCGUGACUCAGAGAUCGCGCUUGUUAUCGAGGACAUGCAGUAUGAAGACGGCCUCAUGAACGAGAAGCCGUACCGACGAGGGGUUGCGGCCAGUAAGCUUCGGCUACAGCUAUUCCGCGAGCACCUAGGUCUGUCCGAUGACGACAACUGUGUCGCGGAUCCAGUGUCCGAUCGCACAUGGCAAUCCAUUAAAUCGACCGCCUCGAACAACACCAAGAUUUUCGAGGCUGUGUUUGACUGCGCCCCGUCCAACCGCAUGCGCGCGUUUGUGAAUUUCCAGAGUAUCGAAGUGACGCAGAUCUUUGAGAAUCAGCGUAUGAAUGUGCUGAAGGUGCCGGGGCGAUCGCACUUGUGGGAUGCAAACAACCUGAAGGAGGGAGACUACGCGCCUUGGACCGACGUCAACGGUGUGCCUAUUGCGGCAGACCGCGUGGAUCUGAACGACUUUGAGGUGGACAACCUCAGGGACCGGAAGAAGAAGUUGUUCUCGAUGGACCACGACGGCUGGUGCUACGCGCGCAACUUUUCCGUUUUCCAGGAGGUUCGUACGAUGAAGACUGACUACAAGAAACGCGAGAAGCUGCAGCAUCUUGUAGCCGAUCGGCUAAUGGCUCAAGUCCGGCGGCGUCGGUGGGUCAAGAAGGGGUUGCUGCCGCCACGUCCUGACGCUCGCGACAGCUCUUAUAGCCUAGCUAGUGACGAAGAGGAGCACGGGCGGUUCCACUCCAUUUGGCGAAGGCUUCAGCAAGGAGACUUCAGUCGCUCGAACUCUGUCAGUAUGACCCCGACGAGUCGCAGUCAAUUGGACUCAGGAGGUGGAAUGACUGACAGCUUGGCUGCCGAUGACAUGACUCGUGGUCGCCAGCUGUACAACCCGGUGUCUAUGCCGUCAGAUGGCUCGGCACUGGUGGCAGAUACUGCUACAUCGUCGCGGCCUGCCGUGCUCGGUGACACUGCGUCGUAUCCAAAUACCCCAAGCUCCCGGUCGGCACCUCGAAGUCCGUUUGUUAGCGCGCUCGUAAGCAAGCCCCGCUGUGUGCGCAGUGCACGCACGUCACCUGUCCGAAGUGCGGGUGGCGGGGCUCAAACUUGCACCAAUGCACGAAGCGCGCGCGGUAGCUUUCACGGUUUGUUUAGUGUCGGUGGCAAUCGACAGCCCGGUACAGAUGACGAAUCGAGCGAAGCAGGCAGCGAGUACGGAGGAGCGCACAGCAUUCGCGCGUCACUCAGGCGAUGGUAUUCCACGAUGGACGUGUUGGACUUCAGCCGUCGCUCAAAGUUCAACGCCGAGUACUUUGACACGAGUGAGGACAAUGUGGACGGCGACGAUUCGCUACUGGAGGAUGGCCGAACGAGCUACCACGCAGCUACUCGGGAAGGUCUGCUGACUGAAGGAGAUGGCGAAGAAGAUGAAGACGAAGACGCCGACUGCCAGAUAAGUCACGUGCAGACAGCUGCCACGGUCCGCAAGGAGGACGAGACGCGAGCUCGUGGUCAGCUGUCGGAGAUCCGCGGCCACCUCGUGGAGUUCCCGCUCGAAUUUUUGGUCGAAGAGAUUCUCAAGCCGUCGGUCUUGCCUGCCGACAUUCAUAUUUAA